AUGCAGCAAAAGUUCAAACAAACAGGAAAGGCUCUUGAAUGUUUCACUCUAAUGCACAAAGGCGAUGAUAAAAAUUCAAAUCAAUCAUCGACUAGAACCGAAGUCAUUAUCAUAUCUAAUGAUUCUGAAGAUGGAAAUCGUUUACAUUAUCAAUCAAUUGCCUCACAACAAAAUUCUUUCAACUAUGAAAAAGAAAAAUUUUGCUGCUAUGAUGAAAAAUAA